AUGAAACUCCUGGUUCUAGCACUCGUGGCUGCUGUGUCUGCUGCCCCACAAGGGUAUAAUCUACCCACGCCUUCUGGCUCGUCUUUUAGUGCUGGGAAUUGUGGCGAUGGACAAGUGCGGCACGUGGAUGGAAGCUGCGUCACACCUCAGGUGAACAGUCGUGUGUUCCUGUAUGAUGUGCCGGCAAAUGAAGGUGUUGUCAAUCGGCCAGACUACAUUCCAGAACCUAAAUUGGAACGCAAUAUAAUUUUUGUAAGACUACCUGACGGGGCAGAUGGACCAGAACCCAUCGUCGUACCACCGCCACAACAGCAACACGUCGUGUAUGUCCUGAACAAGCAGUCAGAACAGGACCAGCGAGUGAUCGAGGUUCCAGCGCCGCCGCCAUCCAACCCCGAAGUGUUCUUCGUGAACUACGCAGAAGGAGAGAACCCGACUCUUCCCAGCGGAGUCGACCUCCAGACGGCGCUGAGUUCAGCUUCCCAGGGCGGCGGUCAAGUUGUUGGAGGUGGUGGAGUUGGAGGAGGAAUCGGAGGUGGCAUUGGAGGUGGAAUUGGUGGCGGUAUUGGAGGUGGUAUUGGCGGUGGAAUCGGAGGUGGUAUCGGAGGCGGUAUUGGAGGUGGUAUCGGUGGCGGCAUUGGAGGUGGAAUCGGAGGUAGUAUCGGAGGUGGUAUCGGAGGUGGUAUCGGAGGUGGUAUCGGAGGUGGUAUCGGAGGUGGUAUCGGAGGUGGUAUCGGAGGUGGUAUCGGAGGUGGUAUUGGAGGUGGUAUUGGAGGUGGUAUUGGAGGUGGUAUCGGAGGUGGUAUCGGAGGUGGUAUUGGUGGCGGAAGUGGAGGUGGAAUUGGAGGAGGCAUUGGCGGGGGCAUUACUGGAGGAACUGGAGGCGGCAUCGGAGUUGGAGUUGGCGGAGGCAUCGAUGGAGGAAUUGGAGGAGGCAUCGGAGGUGGAACCUACAACCCUCCGACGAACGAUUACUCCCCUCCGUCUAACAUUUAUAUCUUUGCACUCGUGGCUGCCGUAUCCGCUGCCCCACAGGGUUACAACCUGCCCAUGCCCUGUAGCGGUGGAAAAGUGCGACACGUGGAUGGCAGAUGCGUCACGCCUCAAGUAAGCAACCGCGUGUUCCUGUACGACGCCCCUCCAAAUGAAGUUUCCGUCAGCCCGCCAAUGUACGUUCCAAGGCCUAAAGUGGAACGCAAUAUUGUCUUCGUGAGGCUUCCCGACGCUGCUCAAGGACCCGAACCCAUCGUCGUUCCUCCUCCGAGGCAAAAACACGUCCUGUUUGUCCUUAACAAACAGUCGGAACAGCGCCAGAAGGUGAUCGAAGUUCCAGCGCCACCGCCACCCAAACCCGAGGUAUUCUUUGUGAAUUACGCAGAAGGAGAGAACCCAACUCUUCCCAUCGGAGUCGACCUGCAGACGGCGCUGAAAUCAGCUUCUCAAGGCGGAGGCCAAGUUGUGGGAGGAGGUGGCAAAGGAGGAGGUGGUGGCGGGGUUGGAGGAGGUUUCGGAGGCGGGUUCGGAGGCGGAUCCGGGGGUAGCGCUGGGGGUGGGAGCUACCUUCCUCCUGCUCUUCCCACUCUUUAUAGAAGUCCAUACAUGAAGCUCCUGAUUUUAUUAUUGGUGGCUGCUGCAUCUGCUGCCCCACAAGGGUACAACCUACCCACUCCUUCUGGCCCAUCGUUUAACGCCGGGGGUUGUGGCGGUGGACAAGUGCAACACGUGGAUGGCAGCUGCGUCACACCUCAAGUGAACAGUCGUGUGUUCUUGUAUGAUGCUCCACCAAAUCAAGUUUCUUCUGGCAAACCCCCGUACAUUCCCAAACCUAAACUGGAACGCAAUAUUGUUUUCGUGAGACUUCCAGAAGCUGGUCAAGGACCAGAACCCAUCGUCGUUCCUCCUCCGAGGCAACAGCACGUUUUAUUCGUCCUUAACAAGCAGUCGGAACAAGGUCAACAAGUGAUCGAGGUGCCAGCACCACCUCCAUCGAACCCCGAAGUGUUCUUCGUGAACUACGCAGAAGGAGAGAACCCAACUCUUCCUGGUGGAGUAGACCUCCAAACAGCGCUGAGUGCUGCUUCUCAAGGUGGCGGUCAAGUCGUAGGAGGUGGUGGCGGUGGAGGUUCUGGUGGCGGCUUCGGAGGCGGAUUUGGAGGUGGCAGUGGAGGUGGAUUUGGAGGCGGCAGUGGAGGUGGAUUUGGAGGCGGCAUUGGAGGUGGAUUUGGAGGCGGCAGUGGAGGUGGAUUUGGCGGUGGAAGUGGAGGUGGUAUCGGAGGCGGGUUUGGAGGUGGAUUCGGAGGUGGAUUUGGAGGCGGCAGUGGAGGUGGAUCCGGUGGUGGAAGCUACAGUCCUCCAAGUCCCUCCACUCUAUACAGUGGACCAUAA